AUGAACGACGUGAAGACGGAGCAGAACUGCCGGGAAAAGAAGAUGCUGCAGAGGCGCAGCUGUACGGUCGGCAUGGUAACCAUUAGAAAGAGCAGCGUUCCCGUCGGGACGUCGGACUCUGAUCUGCGCUGCCGGACAAACAGCCAGGUACACACACCACAAAUGACUCAGAGCUUACUGGACACCAAGACUGAGGCCUACGUGACUCUGCCCGAUGGGGAAAUCAGACCUUGCAAACUGAUGGACAGAACGCACCACGUCACAGAAAAAGUCACCCAGGUCCUCUCUCUGGGCGCUGAUGUGUUACCUGAGUACAAGCUCCAGACCCCGAGGAUCCAGAAGUGGACCAUCCUUCACUACAGUCCCUUCAAAGCGGUGUGGGACUGGGUCAUUCUGCUUUUAGUCAUUUACACCGCCAUAUUCACACCGUACUCUGCUACCUUUCUGCUGAGUGAGCAGGAGGAGGCAGCCAUGCAGAGCUGCGGUUACUCCUGCUCUCCGCUGAGCGUGGUGGAUUUCAUCGUGGACAUCAUGUUCAUUGUCGACAUUAUCAUCAACUUCAGGACCACAUACGUCAACUCCAAUGAUGAGGUGGUGAGUCAGUCGUCUCGCAUCGCCGUCCACUACUUCAAAGGCUGGUUUCUCAUCGACAUGGUGGCAGCCAUUCCCUUCGACCUUCUGAUCUCGCGCUCUGGAGAGGAAGUGGUUCGGGCCGGUGGCGAGGGAGAGACCACCACUCUGAUUGGUUUGCUGAAGACGGCUCGGCUGCUGCGGCUGGUGCGUGUGGCGAGGAAGCUGGACCGUUAUUCAGAGUACGGCGCCGCCGUCCUCUUCCUGCUCAUGUGCACGUUUGCCCUCAUCGCCCACUGGCUGGCCUGCAUCUGGUACGCCAUCGGUAACGUGGAGCGGGCCACGUCGGCCGGGAUCGGCUGGUUGGAUAACCUGGGAGACCAGCUGGGGCGGCCGUACAAUGACUCGGUGCUGGGUUCGGGUCCUUCCGUUCGGGAUAAAUACGUCACGGCUUUGUACUUCACCUUCAGCAGCCUCACCAGCGUGGGCUUCGGAAACGUCUCACCAAACACCAACUCGGAGAAGAUCUUCUCCAUCUGCAUCAUGCUGAUUGGAGCUCUCAUGUAUGCCAGUAUUUUUGGAAACGUGUCCGCCAUCAUCCAGAGGCUUUACUCCGGCACGGCCCGUUACCACGCUCAGAUGAUGAGGGUUCGAGAGUUCAUCCGCUUCCACCAGAUUCCCAAUCCUCUCCGGCAGCGGCUGGAGGAGUACUUCCAGCACGCCUGGUCCUACACCAACGGCAUCGACAUGAAUGCAGUGCUGAAAGGCUUUCCAGAGUGCCUGCAGGCAGACAUUUGUCUCCACCUCAACAGGACUCUGCUGCAGAACUGUAAAGCCUUCAAAGGAUCUACUAAGGGCUGUCUUCGGGCCCUGGCUAUGCGGUUCAAGACCACCCACGCCCCUCCAGGAGACACUCUGGUCCACGCCGGAGACCUGAUAUCGGCGCUCUACUUCAUCUCCAGAGGCUCCAUCGAGAUCCUCAGAGGAGACGUGGUGCUCGCUAUCCUGGGUAAGAACGACAUAUUUGGGGAACCCAUCAAUCUGUAUUCACUGCCUGGGAAGUCCAGCGCUGACGUCCGAGCUCUGACCUACUGCGACCUGCACAAGAUUCAAAGAGAAGAUGUGCUGGAGGUUCUGGAUAUGUAUCCUGAGUUUUGUGAACACUUCUGGUCCAACCUGGAAAUAACCUUCAACCUGAGAGAUGCCCACCCGGGAGAUCCAGAGGGAACCAGUCCCGUCCAGACCUGCAGCACCAGGGGCCGCUCCAGCUGCAAGGACGAGUCCCACAGAACAGGCGGAGACUCCGGCGUCUGUCCGCUCUGGAGCGCAGAGCCCCCCAGGACCCCCUCUCCACUCUGCCCUCCUCCUCCCCCCCGGACCUCCCACUGGCCCUCCAGCCCCACCACCCCCCCCUGCUCUCCUCCGCCUGUCGUCUCCUGGAGGCAGAAGGUGGAUUUAGGCGACCGACUGGAGGCCCUGCAGCAGCAGAUCAGCAGGCUGGAGUCUGGCAUGUCAGCGAACAUCGGGGCCAUCAUGCAGCUUCUUCAGAGUCACAUGUCCGUGGUCCCGCCUUCCUACAGCACCAUGACGUUAACCCCCACCCUCCCCUCCUCUGCGUCCCCCGGGGACCGCUCGGCUCCGCCCUCCCCCUCGGACCGAUCAGCAGACUCCGACUUCCAGCAGCUCAGAGACGAUCAAGCCUUUUUUCCCCCCGAGUCAGACACCUCCGCCUCCCGACCCCGUCAGACCCGUCAGGACCCUUCCUUCCAUCUGUCGCCCCUCGUGGCCCCCCUCAGCACCCAGACCCCCCCGCUGCCCGUCAGCCUCCAGCCGUCCUCCGCUCCGGUCUGCUCACACAGCUCCGUCUCUGUUCUGCAGGUGCACUCUGUGGUCGCCUAG